CGCACAUGGCCGCGGCGGGUGUCGCUGCCGGGCUAGGCGGCUGUGCCCGCUGCCCGGUGGGACUCGGCGCUGAGCCCGCUAUCCCGCAGAACAUGUCGCCGGACGAGGAGGAUGUGCAGCGGCUCCUGAUCCAGUUCCGCGAUGAGGCAGGGGAGUGCCUGGGCUCCCCCUUCGACGUCCCGGUCACCAUCACUCCGGACAAGCUGCAGCUGGUCUGCAACGCCCUCCUACAGAAGGAUGAGCCGGUGCCUCUGGCCUUCUUCGUCCACGAUGCCGAGAUCGUGGCGUCGCUGGAGAAGACCCUGGCAGGGCAGAGCGUGGAGACAGAGAAGGUCCUGGACAUCAUCUACCAGCCGCAGGCUGUGUUCAGGGUGCGGGCCGUGACACGCUGCACAAGCUCCCUGGAGGGACACACCGAGGCCGUCAUCUCCGUGGCUUUCAGCCCUACGGGAAAGUACCUGGCAAGUGGCUCUGGAGACACCACUGUCCGCUUCUGGGACCUCAGCACGGAAACGCCACAGUUCACGGCCAAAGGUCACCGGCACUGGGUGCUCAGCAUUGCUUGGUCACCUGAUGGGAAGAAACUGGCCUCGGGCUGCAAGAACAGCCAGAUCUUUCUCUGGGACCCAGCCACUGGCAGCCAGAUCGGCCGGGUGCUCUCUGGCCACUCCAAAUGGAUCACAUGUCUGUGCUGGGAACCGCUCCACAUAAACCCGGAGUGCCGUUACCUGGCCAGUGCCUCCAAGGACAGCAGCAUCCGCAUCUGGGACACGCUGAUGGGCAGGUGUGACAAAAUCCUCACAAGCCACACGCAGUCAGUGACCUGUGUGAAGUGGGGGGGUGAUGGCUUGCUCUACUCCUCCUCCCAGGACAGGACCAUCAAAGUCUGGAGGAGCCAGGAUGGGGUCCUGUGCCGCACCCUGCAGGGCCACGCUCACUGGGUGAACACCAUGGCCCUGAGCACCGACUACGUUCUCCGCACUGGAGCCUUUGAGCCAGCCGAGGCCACCAUCAACCCCCAGGAUGUCAGAGGCUCCUUGUCAGAAAUCAAAGACAGGGCACUGCAGAGGUACAACCAAGUCCGGGGCCAGGAACCAGAAAGGCUCGUCUCGGGGUCAGAUGAUUUCACCCUGUUUCUUUGGAGGCCAGCAGAAGACAAGAAGCCACUGGAGAGAAUGACAGGCCACCAGGCAUUGAUUAACCAAGUCCUGUUCUCACCAGACACCCGGAUAAUAGCUAGUGCUUCCUUUGACAAGUCCAUAAAGCUCUGGGAUGGUAGGACAGGAAAGUACCUGACAUCACUGAGGGGCCACGUGUCAGCCGUGUACCAGAUUGCCUGGUCAGCCGACAGCCGCUUGCUGGUGAGCGGCAGCAGCGACAGCACCCUCAAGGUCUGGGAUGCCAAGACAAAGAAACUGGCCAUCGAUCUGCCUGGCCAUGCGGAUGAGGUGUAUGCAGCAGAUUGGAGCCCGGACGGACAGAGGGUAGCGAGCGGAGGGAAGGACAAGUGUCUGCGGAUAUGGCGUCGAUAGGAGCAGUGACAUGGAGCCGCUGGUCCUGCCCUCAGCACAGUCCUGGGAGAUCUCCAAGGUGAUGGAUGAAGAGAUUGACCCAAACAUGGCUCUGCGUUCCCGUUGGCAACUCUCCCUCGUGGGCUCUUUCCUUAUAUUUAUUUAAGGAAAUUUUAAUUUUAGUUCUUAUUAAGAGCUGUGCAUUGCAGGAUGAUUUCCUCUGAACAUCACAGGAGGGAUAUCUCAUCUGCCUCCAUCUCAACUGGCUUUUUAUUGGAAUUUAGCCUCACAGUAGCCAUGGUCUUGAAAGGGGCAAGCAAAGGGUGGAAACUGCUCGUGCCCUUUCUUGCUCUGUGAAGAAUCCUGUGGAGAAGAGGGUUUUAGUGGGAACAGAGAGGGUUGUCCUUGUGUGGCCUUGAGAGAGAGAAAAACUGUAAAAUUCAGCACAACAUUACACUGCAGAAUUGUGCUUGGCUGCAUGUCUGGGACAAAGAUCUGCUGGGAAUGA